AUGAGCGUCCAGUCCGUUCAUCUGUCGGAACUGGAGUGCAAGGCACGAGCAGAUGCUCUAAAACGAGUGGCUGAGCUUUUUCAGAAACCGGAACAACUAGAUAAGAUUGAUGUAGUCAAGGCACGAUUCAUGGAACAGAAGACAGCUACUGAGGUUCAACUCCGAAUGGCUCUCCACAGCCAACUCGAUGGCAGCCGAAUCGGGUUGGAGAAGCUAGAUUCUUCGUUGACUGAAUCAGGCACUUGCCGAACUCGACUUGUGGAGUUGGGCGCAUCCUUGGGCACAUUGGAAGGGUUGCCUUCCCGUUUGCAAGAGCUGAAAAAUAUUUCCCGGAAAUACAGUCAGCUUGCAGCUGCUAUGGAAAAUAUGUCCUAUUUGGUGAAAGUUCCCGAAGCCAUGGAACAAGCUCGAGCAUGCAUCGAAUCGGAAAAUUUACUCGAUGGCCAUAAAAUUGGAGUGGAAGAGCUGAACGCGUUGUUUCGAACAAAAAUUUCCAUUAUUGGUUCCCGACUGACCAGUGCUGUCGUCACUCAGAACGUGCUCGUCGUUGAUUGUGUGCGAGUCAUUGAUCGAGAAGAACGAGCCGAUUCAAUCUGGCAGAAACGGUCGGAAAAGAACGGUUUCCUGCCAUGCGGUCGACCGAAACGAUGGAAACAGUUAUUCUUCGACGCUGUUAACCAGGCCAUACGAGACAAGAGUUUCAUAACGGCUGGCGGAGGUGUGGGUGAGGAGACCUCUCAACGUGUGAUCAAAGAUAGAUUAACGUAUGCUAAUCUGCGGCAUCUCUGGCGCCGGCGCGACAUACCCCUUUCACUGAAGGGCGUGCGUAUUGCGCAACGGUACGCACAGUGUUUCUCUAUGGCCGCGAGACCUGGUCUCUCCGAGUAG